UCGGGCUAUGCCUAUUGUCCCCGCCCACAUGCUGGGUGCCUCCGCCUCUUUGUCCGGGGCCCGCAUGCGCCGUCCGAACCUCUUGCCACCACGAGGGUAGACAGUUGUGUCCUGUGUCUGUGUACAGAUCCCGGGCGGAGCUGCACCAUCGGAGCCUUGUGGAGCCGAGUCCCCGUGUACUGUGCUGACAGCAUGCCGGCCCAGGUCCUCAGCGGGAAGGUGGUCUCCGGACUUGUCAGAGAGCGUUUGAAAAAUGAAGUGGAAGCUAUGCAGGGGAAGUACAAUGGAUUCCGGCCCGGCCUGGCGAUUUUACAGGUUGGAGACCGAGAAGAUUCCAAUCUGUACAUCAGCAUGAAACUGAAAGCUGCUGCAGAGAUUGGAAUUAAUGCUAAUCAUGUCAAGUUACCAAGAACUGCAACUGAGGUAGAGGUGCUAACUAAGAUAAAGUUGAUUAAUGAGAACCCGGAGUUACAUGGUCUGAUUGUUCAGCUGCCUCUGGAUUCAGAUCACAAAAUAGACACAGAAAAGGUCACCAAUGCAGUUUCACCAGCCAAGGAUGUUGAUGGGUUAACAAGUAUAAAUGCCGGUAAACUUGCUAGAGGAGAUCUUGGAGAUUGCUUUAUUCCUUGUACUCCCAAAGGAUGUCUGGAUCUCAUACGACAAACAGGCGUUCAGAUUGCUGGGAAGCGAGCAGUGGUCAUUGGACGCAGUAAGAUUGUGGGUGCACCAAUGCAUGACCUGUUGCUUUGGAACCAUGCUACAGUCACCACCUGCCAUUCCAAGACAAAUCCACUGAGUGAGGAGGUGAGCAGAGCGGACAUACUAGUCGUUGGCGCUGGUAGAGCGGAGAUGGUUAGAGGUGAAUGGAUUAAGCCUGGUGCUAUUGUGAUUGAUUGUGGCAUCAACCACAUAUCAGAUCCUUCAAGGCCCUCUGGCAAACGUGUAGUGGGUGACGUGGCAUAUGAAGAAGCAAUGGAGAGGGCCUCUUACAUCACGCCUGUGCCAGGCGGUGUUGGGCCUAUGACUGUAGCCAUGCUCAUGGAGAACACGGUUGAAAGUGCAAAGCGGUUCUUGGAACAACACGAUCCCCAUGCGUGGAAAAUAGAGUACACCAAGCUCCAGGUGCAAACACCAGUUCCCAGUGAUAUUGAGGUCUCCCGUUCCUGUGUGCCGAAGCCCAUUUGGAAGAUUGCAGAGGAGAUUGGUCUGUGCUCAGAAGAAGUGGAGCCCUAUGGUCAGACAAAAGCCAAAGUCCUGCUAUCGGCGUAUAAACGGUUACAAGGACAGCAAGAUGGGAAAUAUGUCGUCGUGACUGGUAUAACACCAACUCCCCUGGGAGAAGGGAAAAGCACUACCACCAUUGGACUGGUCCAGGCGCUGGGAGCUCAUCUGAAACUCAAUGCGUUCGCUUGUGUCAGACAACCUUCUCAAGGACCAACAUUCGGAAUCAAAGGAGGAGCUGCAGGAGGAGGAUACUCUCAAGUUAUCCCCAUGGAAGAGUUUAACCUGCAUCUUACAGGGGACAUUCACGCCAUCACCGCAGCUAACAAUCUGGUGGCUGCUGCUAUUGACGCACGUAUCUUUCAUGAGCUGACGCAGUCCGACAAGGCCCUUUACAGCCGCCUAGUCCCAUCCAACAAUGGAGUACGCAGAUUUUCAGACAUACAGAUGCGGAGGCUUAAGAGACUGGGCAUUGAGAAGACAGACCCUGCAGCUCUAACGGAAGAGGAAAUCACAAAGUUUGCACGGCUCGACAUCGAUCCAGACACCAUCACGUGGCAGAGAGUAAUGGACACAAAUGAUCGAUUCCUAAGAAAGAUUACAAUUGGCCAGUCCCCAACAGAAAAGGGUUUUACUCGGACGGCUCAGUUUGACAUCUCUGUAGCCAGUGAAAUAAUGGCUGUUCUGGCCCUUACAAAUUCACUAAGUGACAUGAGAGAACGACUGAGCAAGAUGGUGGUGGCCACCAGCAAGCAAGGAGAUCCUGUUACCACAGAGGACUUGGGAGUGAGCGGUGCUCUGGCUGUACUGAUGAAAGAUGCCAUAAAGCCAAACCUGAUGCAGACACUAGAGGGAAAUCCUGUGUUUGUUCAUGCUGGGCCUUUUGCUAACAUUGCUCAUGGAAACUCCUCCAUACUGGCUGAUAAAAUAGCCUUGAAGCUGGUUGGUCCAGAUGGAUUUGUAGUGACAGAAGCUGGCUUUGGAGCAGACAUUGGUAUGGAAAAAUUUUUCAAUAUCAAGUGUAGAUAUUCUGGUCUGUGCCCCCGCGUGGUGGUUUUGGUUGCUACAGUCCGAGCAUUAAAGAUGCAUGGAGGAGGGCCAACUGUCACCGCCGGUGUUCCUCUACCAAAGGAGUAUACUGAGGAGAAUCUGGAGCUGCUGGAGAAGGGCUGCAGUAACCUAACUAAGCAAAUCCAAAACGCUGUCAUGUUUGGGGUCCCUGUGGUUGUCGCCGUCAAUGUUUUCAAAACAGACACAGCAGCUGAGCUGGAACUGCUCUGUCGUCUUGCCAAGGAAGCUGGAGCAUUCAGUGCAGUGAAGUGCACCCACUGGGCAGAAGGUGGCAAGGGUGCCGUAGAGCUGGCUAAGGCUGUACAGACAGCAUCCGUGUCACCCAGCCAGUUUAAAGUUCUUUAUGAUUUGGAGCUUCCUAUUGCUGAUAAGAUCAGGAUAAUUGCACAGAAGAUAUAUGGUGCAGAUGAUAUUGAACUGCUCCCUGAGGCACAGAAAAAAGCUGAUUUAUACACUAAACAGGGCUUUUCCAAUCUGCCAAUCUGCAUGGCCAAAACGCAUCUCUCCUUGUCUCAUAACCCAGAGCUGAAAGGCGCCCCAAAAGGCUUUGUCUUGCCCAUCCGUGACAUCAGAGCCAGCAUUGGAGCUGGGUUUCUAUAUCCAUUAGUUGGAACGAUGAGCACAAUGCCUGGUCUCCCAACUAGACCGUGCUUCUAUGACAUCGAUCUGGAUCCUGACACAGAGCAAGUAAAUGGACUGUUCUGA